AUGGCUUCAAGAAUCCUCUACACACUACAUCACUGGCUGCGUCCCAGUCUUGUCGCUCUGUUCAAGCCAAACAUCGCCUGGGACUUGCGAUGGCGCCUCCUCCUCCUGCAGCCCCUUUCACUCAUCACCUACGCGGUUAGCUCAGUGCCGUACAUUUUCUCACGGCCGUUCACUGUCGAGUGGCUUCCAUUUGCGCCAGGCAAGACGGCCCGGGUUCUUGUCUACAAGCACACAGGCGGCACAGCUACCGGCACAAGCCGCCGACUACGUCCCAUCCACAUCGACAUCCACGGCGGUGCCUUCAUCGGCGGCCAGUCAGAGAGCACGGCGCCAAUCGACGAGCGUGUGGCCAGAGAGACAGGCGCCGUGGUCCUUGGUCUGACGUACCCGUUUGCGCCUGAGAAUGUCUUCCCAGCCGCCAUUGACGAGGUGGACGCCGUGAUACAAUACAUCACCGAGCACGCCGAGGAACGAUGGGGCGCCAACCCGCAGCUUCUGACGGUCGGAGGAUUCUCGGCCGGGGGAAACAUGGCGCUUGCAUCCACGCAGCAGCCCGCUCGUCACGGAUCGUCGCGCACGGCGUUCAAGGGCUGCGUGCUCUUCUGCGGGGUGCUCGAGCUGAGGCUGAGUCCGUGGCAGAAGCCCAGGCCAGAGGGGAUGCCGGACAAGGACCCGGUGGCCGUGCUGAUGCCGUUGUUUGAUGCGUAUCCGGCACAGGCGAGGAAGAAUCACUUCGACGACCCCAGGUUGAGUCCCAUGUUGGCGGCCAGGGAGACGCUGCCGCCACGGAUCCUGCUGUGUGUUCCUGGGGUAGACAUUCUGUUGGCAGAGCAGAUGACAUUUGCGGAAAGGAUCAACGAGGAAGAUCGGAAUGCAGGUGAGCCGGGGAGGGUGGAGGUGUUUUUGGAGAAGGGCCAGAACCAUGCAUAUCUCGAGUUGCCGGACGCGAUUGUCAAGCUCGAGAUCAAGGAGCGAGCUUGGAACCUCGCUGUCGCUUUCCUGCGGGAUACGUAUGCUCUCCAUGGCUGGACCUGGACAACUUAA